AUGACAGACUACAAAUUGUGUGACAGCUGUAUAACAUUUGGUGAGGAAAUUAACGCAGGCACGUGGUGCUCAAAAUGUUCCGAAUGGAUAUGUGAAUCUUGCUCAAAAUACCACAAACGCUUCUUCCCUGAUCAUAAUCUAGUUACAAAAGACUUCUUCCAUGAUCAUAAUCUAGUUACAAAGGAAGAAUCAUAUGAACGAAUUCGAAGUACAUGCACACCACGGUUUCAAGUGCUAGGAUAUUGUGAUAUUCAUCCAACAGAAGAGAUUGUUAAGUUUUGCCGUAAUCAUGAUCAGGUUUUGUGUGAAACGUGCAUAAAAGUGUCUCAUGAAAAGUGUGACGCCGCAAUCAUGCCCAUUCACGAAGCGGCAGAAGGUGUCAAGCAAAGUACUGCCUGUGAAGACCUGGUGAGAAGAAUAGAUAAUAUUUUAAGCGUUACUUUUAAGAUAAAGGAAUCUUGCAUAAAUACUGGAAAAUCUAUAAAGGAACAAAAAGAACUUAUAGAUAAUGAAAUAGAAAAGAUAAAAAAAUCUUGUACUGAUCUUCUUGAUCAUUUAGAGAGAACUGUCAAAAAUGAGCUUAAUAAAAAAUAUGAAAAAGGAAGGAAUUUGUUAGAGCAAAAAGAGGUUAAAAUUACAGAAAUCAGUAAUUCAAUGAACGUAUUGAAAGAUGAAUUGUUAACAGAGAAGCAAAAUUCCACGGACUCCGAACUAUUUCAAGCUGUAAAAGGUUUUGAUUGCUUUACAAAUGAACAAGAGUCUAGAGUCAGAGAUAUAUAUGAAAAUUCGACGGACAUCAACCUAACAUUCGAAAAGUCCAACGUCAUUGACGACAGUAAAAGAAUAUUGCAGUCUUUUGGAAAAAUAAUUUACAAUGAAAAGAAAAGAAAAAACAAUGUCAAGCUCGAAAAGUUUGCACAAAGUCAAAUAGCCAAGCGUUAUAGUCGUGUAUCUAAAAGUUCUAGAAAACAAAAUCACGGGACACAAAGAAAUCAGGAGGUUAAGAAAGAAAAGACGGAAUUUUUGGCAAAUGUUAAUUGUACAUACAUGUGUUAUUUCAAAACAACACAUAUAGAAGAUCAGACCGAAGUACAAAACUGUUGUUUUAUAAACUUACCUAGAACACAAGCAUUAUCUAGAAAACAAGCAUGUCUUCUUUUGUCAUGCUACAUUGAUAAAUGUUUAUAUAUAUGCAAAAGAGACGGUUUUCUUCUCGAUAGAAUACUACUGGAGUAUAAGCCAACUGGUGUUACUGCGUUGAAUGAAGACUCUGCACUAGUGAUGCUAGGCUACGAAGGUAUACAAAUCAUAGAUCUUUCAACUCUAUUAUUGUCAACGCGAGUAAAGUUUGCGGGUGUUGGUAAAAAAAUUACAAGCUCGAAUGAAAACGUAUGGAUUGAUCAAAAUUUUGGAAUCAGUAAGAUAGACAUAGCCAACGGAAAAACUAUGAAGGAAAUACCUCUAGAAUUUAGUAUAGAAGAAAUGUGUCUGUCACCCAGUGGUGAAAUUUACCUUUCGGAAUGCCUCGGUCACAACAUAUAUCGAGUAACAUCUCAAGGAGAUGUACUUUUAUUUUAUGAACACCCUGACCUGAAACAUGCAGUAGGUAUUACAGUUGAUAACAAUUACGAUGUGUACGUGGCGGGAAAAAUGUCGCAUAACAUCCACAAGAUAUCUAACUCUGGUUUGUCAAGCAGAAUUAUAUUGAGUGGAAAGGAUGGUAUAUCUCAACCAACGGGUCUUUCAUACAACAAACAAACAAAUGAGCUUAUGAUUAUUAACGAGGGAAACACUUCUAUUAUUAUUUAUGAAAUCGAUUCCAAAAAAAUCGAUUCCCAUCCCCUUUCUUGA